GUGACAUUUUGGUGAGUAUAAAGGUGAUGCUGCCGCUGCUCCCCGUCAGACUCCUGUGGCGCCACAUCAAAGUCAGUUCAGUACCUGGUGCCAGACAGAAGCCAGGAACCUGUGACCUCACAGAAACAUGCUGAUCAGGAUCUUUGUUAUUCUGUUGGCUCUGAUCAUCCUGUUGGUCGAGGGAGAGCUGGACUCCAGCGAUGGAGUAAUCCAAUCCCUGUCAAUAGACAAAGACUCCACCUGGGAGGAAAUACCCACAGAGGGAAUGAAUGCCAUCUCUCCUGAUCAACCCGAUGAGACCCACAGUUAUAGAGGAGGACAAUCAGACACCAGAAGCACCAGUGCAGAGACAGCAGAUGCUCCAGCAGUCCCUGAUCUGCCAGUACCGGAAUCUGCUGCUGAGCCUCAAAACCCAAAUCCUGCUGCUGUAAACAGUGUCGAGGAAGACGAUGGUGAGGAGGAGAGCUCAGACUCUAAAGAAAGCAGCAAAAAGAAGCCCAGUUCAGUCAACCUGCAGCGCCGCGCCCCUCAGAGCCUUGCCGCCCCUUCCCAACCUGGCGCUGGCAACCCAAAGGUGACAGUACGAAGCCGAGCAUCCAAGAGAAGGUUGAGGACUGGCCCUCGCCAAAUGUAAACAUUGGCACAUGCGUGCGUGCACACACGCACAGAGGGUUCUAUCAUAUCUGUAACAAUAAGUAACUGGAUCCACUUGAGUUCACUGAAGUCAUUUUAUCAUGUUUGUUUUUCUGUCAGUGAACAGCAUGUACUGUACAUAAAGUGAUUUAUCAUGUUUUACAUCAGACACUGAAACUAAAACUGGAUAAAUUACUGAAAAUGUUACAAGGCCAGAAAAUAAAACACAACAGUUUUUUUUUCCUUUUUUCAGACAGCAGAUUAAAAUGUAAAAGUGCCUGAAGUGCUUGCUCUAGUGGAAAUGUUGGGUCUCUGUAAAUGAUACACACAGUGCAAUCAAGAUUUGCUUUACAUGUAAUGUGCAUUUUUAUAAUAUCUGUUGUGAUUUGGUAUUAUACAAAUAAAACUGACCUGAAAAGAA